AAAAGGCUUAGCUUCAUUCGAAAGUAAAAAAUGUCAUUCGCGGAGAGUAAAUUUCAGGAUGAUACUGAUUUUAAUAGUAUAGAGCGUGAUUACUUAACACUGGCUGAUAAUGAUUGCACGCGAAAUAGCAAGUUAUUGAAAGCGAUCGUUGAGGAGAAACUAAUCCCUCUCAUGAAAAGAAAUACUCUUUUUGAGGAAAUUUUUAAUCGUGUCGCCUUUGGAGGAAGCUACUACAAGGGCACCAAAUAUGGAAGCCCGGAUGAAUUUGACUUAUAUUUGGUGCAUAAGUUCAAUAAGUGCAAAGCUGAUUUAAAGAUUAAUUCAAGUCAUAAUCAUUUUGGAUAUGUAAAAAUCAAAAUGAACUAUGAGCUAUGCGAUCGUCAAGUACCGUAUGAAGAAGAACUCAAAAAAAUAACACAUUUCAAUGAUGAAAAUAAAUUUUUGGAUCAAAAUAAAUUCCGGGCUUGGUUGGAAGGAGUAUUCAUAAAGGCUCUUGGAACUCUGAGCAGAGAUCCUUACCACGGCUACGGAUUACACCAUGAUGGAAGAACCUAUUACAUUAGUCAUAAAAAAUCGGGACCUGCUUUAACCAUUAUGGUCAGACACCCGAGCGGAAGUAAAUUGUUCGACGUCGAUCUAGUUCCCGCCAUCGAAUUCGAUGGCAUCCACUUGCAUUCUGGAUACUGGGUACCACCUGCCGCACGUCGGCAAAAUACAACACACACUGUGAAUGCCAAAAGCACCACGAAUUCUACGGAACAUAAAAGAAAGAAGAAAAGGAAUUUUGGAUACAAGAGAUAUAAUGAUAAUAAACUACCGUUUAUGGUGGUUCCAAAACCACUCAACAAAAGUAUAUCGACGGAUAACUUAUAUUGGCGAUUGUGCUUUUUUGAAAACGAAAAAGCCAUGUUAAGAGGAGAAGUGAAAUCAGUUAUAAAAAUGAUAAAAAAAUUCCGUGAUACUCAGGAAAUGAAGAGUAUCAAGAGUUAUUUCAUAGAAACAAUUUUCUACCACGAGCUGGAGAAUCACAAAAAUAAUUUAGAAGAAUUUCUAAGACAUUCGAAAACGCAGUUACUCAUCCAUGGACUCAGAAAACUGAGAGAAGCUCUGGAAAAUGGGAAACUUCCAUAUUUUUGGAACGAGCGUCUAGAUUUAUUUCAAAAGAUGUCUUGGAACGAGUUAGAUAAUCACGCCAAUCGUCUGGGUUCCAUUCUUAAAGAUAUCGAGGAAAACAUUGAAAACGACCGACUCGUACUUAAGAAACAUAUUUGUGGGACAUCAUAAUUUUUUUAUAUACUUUUUUAUACAUAUUUAUUUUUAUUGAAAAAAUUUCUAUUCCGCUUGAAUUUCAGUAACUGAUCGAUAGUCUAAUCUUUUAACUUUUAUUUACUGUAUAAUUUAAAAUCAUUCCAUUUUGAUUUUUAUAUGUAAUAAUGAAUGUCUUGACAAAUGAUUUUAAUCGCAAACGU